AUGUUUGCCAAACUUACCACCAAAAUCGCUAUGCGUAAAGCUGGCAUACCGUCUAGCGCCCUCUCUAUGCCAGACACAAAAUCAUUUUCAAAUAGCGACGGUACCGUCAACACGCCAAUUACGAAUCCGUUUGCGAAUCUAUCGGUCCCUAAAAGCUGGCAGUCUUGGGCUACGCCUCCACCGCCACCUGUUGAAGUCGCGCCAACACCCGUAGUCGGGAAACAAGCGCCGGCUACCGCAAAGUUACGACUGCCGCCAAUGGAUGGAAGACCGGCAGUUGUGGUGUUUUUGAGGCAUGCCGGUUGUCCUUUUGCAGAGAAAACAUUCAUUGAGUUGAGGCGUUUAGCGAACAAAUAUACCCGUCUCCAGUUUUUUGCAGUCUCACAUAGCUCGAAGCAAGCUACCGAUCGGUGGAUAAGCCAAAUGGGCGGUGCGUGGAGUGUGCAAAUUGUGGUUGAUGAGGAAAGAGAGGUGUACGCGGCAUGGGGAUUGGGAAUCAGUACAACGUACCACCUGUUGAAUCCUUGGACACAAAUUGCAAGGACAAAGCUGGGAAAAGAAGAAGGGAAUUGGGGAAGAGAGGUUGAUCCAAGCGGGAACAGAUGGCAGACUGGCGGUGCAUGGUCUACAGAUGAGUUGGGUCUCGUAAGAUGGGGAGCUGCCAAUAACACUGCCGACGAUUUGCCCAAUUUGAUAGAGGCAUGCAGAGCGCUGGGCGCUGCAUAG